AUGCAUGCCUUUCUGAAUGAGAUAAGGGCAGAGAGGGCUCGUAACAGGAGGGAUGAUUCUCUUCCACAUACGGCUACAGAGACUCAUACCCAGCCUUCUGUGGAUCCUUCUGUGGUUGCUCAGUCUGCUAGAGUUGCUGGGCAAGUAUUUGUUGGUAGUGACGAGCAAAGGCUCAUUUCUUUCAGAAAGCAUAAACCGCCAGCAUUUCAGGGGUUAAGGGACCCGAAGGUAGUGACUACUUGGUUGAUGGGUAUGAAGAAGAUAUUUCAGGUUAUGGGGGAUGUUCGGGAAGCUAAACAAGGUGAGUUUGAGAAAUUGGUACAAGGUACCAUGGCUGUUGAUGCCUAUGUGGCGAAGUUCAAUGAGCUAGUGAAAUUUGCUAAUUAUGAGGGUGUGCUGCCGACUCCUGAGUUUCUGUCUGCUAAGUUUCAGAGAGGUUUGAAUGAGAAGAUUGCAAAAAGAAUGUCUAAUACUGCUGUGAGGAAUUUUGCAGAUCUUGUGACCCAGUGCAAACGGGUUAAAAGUGUUUAUAAUAGAUAUCCGAAGUCUGGUUCUUUGAGGACAUCCGGUCCUCCAGGUAAUAGUAACAAGGGUGGCUACCAUCAGAAUAAUAAUAGAGGUAGGGGGUUGCAGGUGAGGCAGUCUCCGGGUCAGUUUAAGAGGGGUGGUGGUCAGAGAAGUGGGUUCAAUGGCAGGAAUUCUAAUCCUAGAUGUGACAAGUGUAAGAGGUUUCAUCAGGGCCCUUGUACUGCAGCUCCAAAUUCUUGUUUUAAAUGUGGUAAGGUUGGGCAUUAUGCAAACAAUUGUUACAGUAAUACUGGGCAG